AUUCAAUUAUAUUAUUGUUUGUUUAUUUAUGUAAGCCGUACAACGAUUGUCUGCCAAUAUUUUGAACUAUUCAUCGGAUCGCUGGAAAUAACUUGUGUAUACAUUGGAAGAUUAGUGUGAUAAACAAUAGUACAUACUGCUACAGUUUAGUUGAAUGAUUGAGGGCUGAUUUUUUACCCACGCUUAACUUUUAAACCGAUGAUAUGGAAACGUCCCUGUUGUCCCACCAGAUUAAACCAGAGACAAAAGAUUUUGAUCUAGCAAUAAACAAAUCCCUCAACAAUGAUGAUCGAAUAGUAGAAAAACAUCAGCAAGACGCUGAAAAGAAAAUUGUUGAUACCCAUUUUUUAAAAGCUAACUACAGUUCAGACAACUAUGGGCCAUCAACGGUCGAUUUAACAAGCUGUAAUGAAUCUAGUCAAAGCGACGUGCAGAAUAAAAUAAAUCCACCCGAUAGCUUGAAUGAUACUUCUUCCAUUUCAACCGUAGAUUCCUUGCGGUUAUACGAAUGCGAGCUUUGUAGCAAACAGUUCAAUCAGAAGGCUCACCUUGCAAAACACGUCCGAGUACAUCUCGGCGAACGCCGCUUCAGUUGUGAUAUUUGCGGUAAGGCGUUCACAAGAAAUCACGAUCUAGGAAUACAUCGCUAUUCACACACCGGCGGGCAUCGUUACAGUUGUGAGGUCUGCGGUAAGGCAUUCGCCAGGAACUUCGCUUUACGACUACAUCGCUAUUCACACACUGGUGAACGGCCGUACAAAUGCACCGUAUGCGGCAAAGGUUUUGUUCACAACGCUAACCUAACAGGACAUAUGUCUGUUCAUACAGGUGUCUAUCAACACACGUGUGAUGUAUGUGGCAAAGGAUUUCAAGACGGUUCUCACUUGAAAAAACACAAGCGCGUUCAUUCCGGUGAGCCUCCACGACAACGCGAAUGUGAGCUUUGUGGGAAAACAUUCUCCCGAAAGUAUCUCCUUGACACACAUGUCCAGGUACAUCACGACAAAGAGCCCUUCUGUUGCGAUAUAUGUAGUAAGACAUUCACCAGGAGCGACAGCUUAAUGCGACAUAGGAACUUACACACUGGCGAGAGGCAAUUCAAAUGUACCAUAUGCGGAAAACGUUUUGCCCUGGACGAAUCUCUGACUGGACACAUGCGGCUUCAUACCGGUGUGCGACCGUAUGUGUGUACCGUCUGUGGUAAAGAUUUUAUUCGCAAACGACACCAAAUUGCGCAUAUGCGUCUUCAUACGAGUGAUCGACCGUACAAGUGCACUUUUUGCAGCAAAGACUUUGUUAAUAAAAACCGCCUAACCACACAUAUGUCCGUUCAUACCGGUAUCUAUCGGUUCACGUGUGAUGUGUGUGGCAAAGGAUCCAACACUGCUGCUCUUAUGAAAGAGCAUAGGCGUAUUCAUUUAUAGCAGAUAAAAUCUACUUUUGCAGCACGUCAUGGAUUUAUGAUUGAAAGUAUUCAGAAAUUUCUCACGUGUUACUUGAGAUUGCAAACAACAUCGGGAAUGUUGCAACAAGUUAGCGAAUUGAAAUAUCGGGUCAUGUUUGGAAAAGGGUACUCGAUCUUUUUGUCAAGCACGCAGUUUGUAGUGUGGGUUUAGUUUGGUUUUAUAAGAUUAUAAGUAAGAAAAUAAAUUGAGUUUUAAUAACAAUAUUACUAUGAA